GAUGUUGUGCUCUUAUUCACGUUACAGAUUUUGUUAAUUAUGGUAAAUUUUGAUUGAGUUUUAGGUAUGGUAUUUUCUUGGUUUAAUAAAUGAGUAGAGUUUUAGAGUUUUAGUGUGAUAUUGGUUGUUUAUUGUUGAAUAUUUGUUUUGGUUUUGGUUUUGGCAAAGUAUGAAAAUCUGGGUUUCUUCGACUGUACUUGGUGCUAUGUCAAAGCUUGAAUCUGGGCAUUCUUUCUUUGAUAGUUUUUUUUAUAGUUGUUGAAAUAGUUAAAAGUUUUUUCUUCACGAAAUGUCUACGCACCAGUCUAGAAUAAAAAAUAUAUAUAUGAUUUUUUUAAAAUGAAAAUGAUAUUUUAACAACAAUGGAAACUAAAAGAGAGAGAUGGCAGAUUGUUGGGAAACUGAUCCGAUUUUGAUGAUUUUGGAUCCCAAUUUUUUUUUUUUUAAUUUUGGACUAACGGCUGUGAACAGCCAAAGGGUGAAAUAAGGUAUUUCGAAACAAUAGGGAUCAAACUCAAAAGUGUCUCUAAAAUUAAUUUCAAGGGAAAUUUUUGGAUUUUACCUUUUUUUUUUUAGAAUGUUCUAACCCGUGUUGUUGCUGACCGUUCUCUCUGCCAGGGGGGAAAAGAAGGGAAAAGAAAGAGAAGGAGAGAUUAAAUGGAGAGUGUUGGAGUGUGGCAGGGGUUGGCUUUAUCUGGAAUUUUUUCAUGGAUUGUAAUAACUUCAUAUUUCAAUGUAACCAAAAAGAUUAGAUCUUUGCUCCAACCUUGUGUGGCUCACCAUGUUGUAACAGGCACUUCUAUAAUCCUCAAGAUCCAGAAACAUCAGCAUAAAUUCUGGGAUGCUCUCUUUUCUGGGUUGUCCUGUGUAGUUUCUGUGCCCUUUUACACUGCGUUUCUUCCUUUGCUUUUCUGGAGUGGGCAUGGAAAAUUGGCUAGGCAGAUGACCCUGUUGAUGGCUUUCUGUGAUUAUUUAGGGAACUGCAUAAAGGAUGUAGUGUCGGCUCCUAGACCCAGUUGCCCACCUGUUAGAAGGAUAACGGCCACAAAAGAUGAAGAAGAGAAUGCGAUGGAAUAUGGAUUGCCUUCUUCUCAUACUCUCAACACAGUAUGCUUAUCAGGAUACCUUUUAUACUAUGUUCUGUCCUACACAAAAUGUGAAGAUGCUUGUGUGAAACUUGCUGCAGUCGCCUUUGCUUUCUUGCUUGUGUGCCUCAUUGGUUUUGGAAGGAUUUACGUUGGCAUGCACAGCUUGAUUGAUAUCAUUGGUGGUCUUGCUAUUGGAUUGGUGAUUCUUGUAACGUGGCUAACAGUCCAUGAAUAUGUGGAUGGAUUUAUUGUCACUGGACAAAAUGUUACAUCCUUUUGGGCUGCCCUGAGCUUCCUUUUACUUUUUGCUUACCCCACUCCCGAGCUUUCAACUCCAAGUUUUGAGUACCACACUGCCUUCAACGGCGUUGCAUUUGGAAUUGUGGCUGGGAUACAACAGACGUACCACCAGUUCCACCAUGAAGCCGUUCCACGAAUAUUUACCUCAGAACUCGCAAUCCCUGCCUUUGUGGGAAGAGUGCUUGUUGGGAUACCAACAAUCCUGAUUGUCAAGUUCUGUAGCAAGGCCCUUGCAAAAUGGAUUCUUCCUGUAGUAUCAAAUACAUUGGGUAUCCCAAUAAAAUCAACCAGCUACAUCCCAAUGCUUAAUGGCUCAGCUACUGGUAAGAAAUCCAGUGAGAUUAAGCAGUCAAGUUAUACCCGCAAGAUUUUGUUUUUCUCUCGCCAAGAUUUAUUUGACGUCGACACCGGUAUUAGAUUCCUUCAAUACGCAGGCCUUGCAUGGUCAGUGGUAGAUCUCGUUCCUUCUCUCUUCUCUUACCUGCGCUUGUGAUGCUUGUCCUCGGUACUACUCAUUAGCAUGUUUUAGUGUGGCGUGCAGCUAAUUUGUAAAUCAAAUUUUUUGUUUGUCACUGAAUUAUCCUUUUUUUGAAAUUAUAGCAAUUAUA